GAAUGGCCGCACCAGAUGGCCGCAAGAGGGGAGACCUCUCGGAGCCAUAUUACAUCUUUGGAUAAAAUUGGUUUUUUUAAUAUUUAUCAAAUACAGUAUUUUAAGCAGUGGCAGAUUAUUUCCACUUACAUUAAAAUAGGAGUGUAAAUAAUGGGGAAGCACGAAGUAGGCACACCAAAAUACAUCGCUAAUAAGAUUAAGGCAAAAGGACUACAGAAAUUAAGAUGGUAUUGUCAGAUGUGUCAAAAACAAUGUCGAGACGAAAACGGAUUCAAAUGUCAUACGAUGUCAGAGUCACAUCAUCGUCAAUUAUUGCUCUUUGCUGAAAACUCCCAUCGGUAUAUGGAUCAAUUUUCGCGAGAAUUUUCACAAGGAUAUCUGAAUUUAUUAAAAAGACAAUUUGGUACCAAACGAGUGCCAGCAAAUCGGGUAUAUCAAGAAUACAUUUCUGACAGAGGACAUGUACAUAUGAAUGCAACUCAGUGGCUUACCUUGACAGCAUAUGUGAAAUGGCUUGGACGCUCUGGACAAUGUAUUGUGGAUGAAACAGAAAAAGGUUGGUACGUAACGUAUAUUGAUAGAGAUCCUGAGACACUUGCUGCACAAGAGAAAAAAGCAAAAAAAGAAAAAAUGGAUAAGGAUGAUAAUGAACGACUGAUGGAAUUUAUUGGGAAACAAAUAGAGAGAGCAAAGCCAGAUGAAAAGGAAGAAGAAAGUGAGACAUUCAAGACACCGUUAAUACGUCCCGAGAAUAAUGUACCUUUAGUUCUCGAUAUAAAAUUAAAACCAAAAUUAAACUUCCUUCCUGUAAUUAAUAUAAAGCAAGAGAAAAUAAAAAAUGAAAAUACUAAUCAAGAUAAAUCAAUGUUGAACAAAUCAGUUGAUGAGAAAGAUAGGAAACUAAAAAGAGUCACUGAUGACACCGAGAUGAAAUCUGCUAAGAAAUUAAAAAGCAACAAUAAUUCUUGCCCAAUUGAAGGCUGGCUUAAGGAAGGAUUAAUGGUUAAAGUAAUUACAAAAAAUCUGGGCAACAAAUAUUACAAAGCCAAAGGUGUUGUUCAAUCAAUUGAGAAAGAUGGUUUUGUUGGUAAAGUAAAAUUGAAGAGUCCGGAAGAAGUUAGUGGACAUAUUAUAAGAUUGGACCAAGAAUAUUUGGAAACAGUAAUUCCUGCGAUAGGUAAAGAAAUAUUGAUUCUUUGGGGAAAGUAUAAAGACAGGAGAGCGAUAGUGAAGAAAUUGCACAUAGAACAUUAUAGUAUAGACGUUGAACUUGAAGAAGACAAAAGGAUUGUGGAAAAGCUUUCAUAUGAACAAGUAUGCAAAUAUGCAGCGUGAGAAACAAUGAAAGGAGAAUACUAAGAAAAAAUUAUACAUUUUAGCAUCGCGAUAAUGUCAUGGAUUACUUCAAAGAGCACCUGUGUACAAAUUUAACAACUAAAAAAGUAAUGAAACAUUAAUCUUGUAUAUAAAGUACAUUUAACAUCCAAUAUGGGAAGCAAUUUUUUGCAAAGCAUCCAAGGCCAAUUUUUUAUCGAAUUUUUACUUAUUGAUUUAUCAAUUACAUGAUAAAUUAAUUUGUUUUUUAUUAAAUGCAUAUCAGUAUAUAUAGUGUAAGUAGAUUUGUAAGAUUAGAGAAAUUAAAUAUCUUAUUUGUUAUACAUAAAGCGUUGUAAAUAUUAAAUAUGAAUUAACACAUCAAUUUCCAAAAUAACUGGUUUCAAAAUUAGAUGUUAACCUUUUGACUAUUGGCGUUUUAAGCACUUGUAAGAUAUAAAGUAUCGAGCAAAAAAAAUUAUUUUAUUUGUAAUGAUGAUUGAGUGAUUCAAUGGUUUUUUUAAUGCGAAAAUUAGUAUGUCAUACAACUCUAAAUAUUUUAUGUGUGUAUAUAUAUAUGUGUGUGUGUAUUUUUUAAAUUAUUAUAUAUUAAAUAAU